AUGGCUUCAUCACCCCCUUCAAAACGUAGGCGUAAGGACCAGAGCAAAGAUGAUGCAAACGACGUGUCAGCAACAUCUUCUUCCACACUGGAGAAAUUAUCCCCUGUUGUGGUCUUUGCUCAUGGUGCUGGUGCUCCCUCUUCUUCUGACUGGAUGAUCAGGUGGAAGGAUAUGUUGGGAAAAGCACUACAUGCUGUUGAAGUUGUUACCUUUGAUUACCCAUACAUUUCGGGAGGGAAAAGGAGGGCCCCGCCGAAGGCUGAAAAAUUGGUCGACUUUCACGCCGAUAUUGUCGAAAAGGCUAUUGCUAAGUACCCGGGUCAUCCGUUGAUUUUGGCCGGGAAAUCUAUGGGUUCAAGGGUCAGCUGCAUGGUAGCUUGCAAGGAAGGCAUUCGUGCUUCAGCAAUAGUUUGCUUAGGAUACCCGCUAAAGGGAAUUAAUGGAGCAGUGCGAGAUGAAACACUUUUGCAACUUUCUGUUCCCAUAAUGCUAGUACAGGGUAGUAAAGAUGCGCUCUGUCCAUUGGAAAAGCUAGAAGUUACACGCAAGAAGAUGAAAUGCCCUAGUGGUUUGCAUGUGAUUGAUGGUGGUGACCACUCCUUCAAGAUUGGAAAGAAGCAUCUGCAAACCACUGGGUUAACGCAAGACGAAGCUGAAGAUCUCGCUCUUCAGGCCAUUGCAUCCUUUUUGGCAGGGUCUCUUGGAGAAAGGUGA